GGCUUUGAAGAGAGACUUGUCACACAUGCUGGGAAUGGACCAGUAGCUCUUCCUCCUUAAACUAUCUCACUUCUCUGUCCUUAUAAAUCAUGGCACUGUUUGCUGAAGUCAGUAUGUACUGGUCUGGUAGAGGAAGUUUGGCUUGGGGAGCUCUGCAGUCUGGCUCACUAAUGUUCACCAUUCUGUGGGGUUUUUUCUGGUUUAAAGGCUUUUUUAAAGAUUUUUUUAGAGGGAUUAAGUUACUGGUUUUAAGGGCUGCUGGUUUAAGUUACUAGUUUUAAGGGCUGCUGGUUUAAGUUACUGGUUUUAAGGGUGUCGUUCCAUUUAUUACCUUUAAAGCUUGAACAUGGAGUGGAGUUAUGUUCUGCCCAUCCAUUUUGCAGAGUUGAAGCUGAUGAGUUCUCCGAGCCUCAGUGAACUGGGUAAGAGUGAAAAGGCUGCCUUGGAGGAGAGAGGCGCUCAGCAAUGCAGGGCAGGGGCCAACGCCAUCUGGAAUAGUAUCCAGAAUGCUGUAAUCGGCAUGUUCCAGAAGAAAGAUCUGGGAGAUAACGAGCUGUACUCUUUAAAUGAAGGAGUCAGACAGCUGCUGAAAACUGAGCUGGGAUCCUUCUUCACAGAGUACCUGCAGAACCAGCUUCUAACCAAAGGGAUGGUCAUCCUCAGAGACAAAAUACACUUCUAUGAAGGUCAAAAGUUACUAGAUGCUCUGGCUGAAACCUGGGACUUUUUCUUUUGUAAUGUUCUCUCCAUGCUGCAGGCCAUUUUCUACCCCGUUCAGGGGAAGGAGCCCACUGUAAGGCAGUUGGCUCUCCUGCACUUUCGGAACGUUAUAACUCUGAGCAUUAAGCUGGAGGACGCUCUGUCUCGUCCCAAUGCCUGUGUUCCUCCUUCCAUCAUACAAAUGCUGCUCAUACUGCAGGGGGUGCAUGAGUCUCGUGGAGUGAGUGACGACUACUUAAAGUUGGAGUCUCUGAUCCAGAAGGUGGUGUCUCCGUACCUGGGCACACACGGCCUCUACACGGACGAUGGCUGUGUGGCGCAGUGCUCCUGUGUGCUGGAGAAGCGAUGGCAGCGGCACUGGCCCCAUCUCAGUGAUUCUUCUGUCAGGAACCCUGUAGUGCGCUCCAAAAGCUACAACGUGCCCAUGCUGACACCCGUGGCCGAGUACGAGACGGAGCCGGCAUCGGCGGGCAGUUCGGGAGUUAGACGCCACUCCGUGUGCCAGAUGACCUUGUGUCAGGAAGAGCCGGCAUUCUCCAGCACGAAGUCCAGCCCCGAGACCAACAUCACACCUCAGCUCUCAUCCUCUCACCCGUCCACAGAACACGACUCGGCUCUGACCGGCUGCAGAGGGCAGAAGAAGGGCACGUCUCCACUCCCGUCUCCUUCCAUGUAUCCUUCCAUUUGCUCCCAGUGUUCUUCAGAAAUAUUUCAGAAAAUGUCUCAUGAGUCAGGUUCUGAUCUUACUCAGGAAGCAGCCUCAGUACCCAUAGACUCAUCAAGCCCUGAGACCCUCACAGAUCAGCUGCUAGAGUCUUUAGACUCAGAAUCAGAGGGAAUCUUCAUAGACUUCAGCUGUCACUCACACUCCUCAAACUUCAGCCAGGAGAGUGAGAGUGUGGUGUAGCAGAGUCGCAGUGAACUUCACAACCUUCUAAUCUCUAAAGCUCAAAAUAGCCAUGGGUUUUUAGGGAGAUUUCUAAAUUCCUCAUAUUUUCAUACUAAAUAUUAGACAAGCAAAACUUUAACAAUAUUUUUAAAGAUAUUUUUAAUCAAGGUUUGUGUCUCUGGGGUCUUCACUUCAGAGCAGUUUUUCUUCAAUUCCUUAAAUCAUGAUAAACUUAGUUUAGAAUUCUUUAAGUUGGCUGGAUCAUUUUCCAAACUUGUGUAACAUCUUUUUGUAUUAUAACUGUUUAGAGUAACAGAUUUUAUAUUAUAUAACACAUUAUAUAACAAAUCCCUAUAUUUUAAUUACUAUUUAAUUGUAUUUAUUUAUUUAAUUGUCAGUGGGAAGUGAUUAAUCCACUCUGAUCACUCUGACACAUCUGAAGGGUCUCUUCUUCUUCUGUUUUUAAGAAUGGCUGGAUAAUCAAAUGAGGCAUUAAAUAUCUAUAUUACCUGUC